CAGCCGCACGCCUUGGCCAGGAUCCGAGUGAUGAGCUAUGUCCCCACCGAGGCACCCGGCGGCCACCGGCGUUUAGCACGGGCUGAGGAGCCCGACCUGCACGGAAGGCUGGCAGACAUGGGCUCCUGGCCGAGGCCGGGGCAGUUGGUGGCAGCAAGGAGGAGAGGCCUGGGCGUCUGGAGCAGGGCUGAGCCUCGGCAGCUGUGGAGCGUGUGAAGCCCACCAUGGCCCAGAGGCUGUGGGCCGGCCGCCUGCUGCGGCAUCGGAAAGCCCAGCUCCUGCUGGUCAACCUGCUGACCUUCGGCCUAGAGGUGUGCCUGGCCGCCGGCAUCACCUACGUGCCGCCUUUGCUGCUGGAAGUGGGGGUCGAGGAGAAGUUCAUGACCAUGGUGCUAGGCAUCGGUCCAGUGCUGGGCCUCGUCUCGGUCCCACUCCUAGGCUCGGCCAGUGACCACUGGCGUGGGCGCUAUGGUCGCCGGAGGCCCUUCAUCUGGGCCCUGUCCCUGGGCGUCCUGCUGAGCCUCUUCCUCAUCCCAAGGGCCGGCUGGCUGGCGGGGCUGCUGUGCCCGGACACCAGGCCCCUGGAGCUGGCCUUGCUGAUCCUGGGGGUGGGGCUGCUGGACUUCUGCGGCCAGGUUUGCUUCACCCCGCUGGAGGCCCUGCUCUCUGACCUCUUCCGGGACCCAGACCACUGUCGCCAGGCCUUCUCUGUCUAUGCCUUCAUGAUCAGCCUCGGGGGCUGCCUGGGCUACCUCCUGCCUGCCAUCGACUGGGACGCCAGUGCCCUGGCCCCCUACCUGGGCACCCAGGAGGAGUGCCUCUUUGGCCUGCUCACCCUCAUCUUCCUCACCUGUGUGGCGGCCACACUGUUUGUGGCCGAGGAGGCAGCGCUGGGUCCGGCCGAGGUGGCGGAAGGGCUGGCGGUCCCCUCGGGGCCACACUGCUGGCCGUGCCACACCCGCCUGGCUUUCCGGAACCUGGGCGCCCUGUUUCCCCGGCUGCACCAGCUCUGUUGCCGUGUGCCUCGCACCCUGCGCAGACUCUUCAUGGCCGAGCUGUGCAGCUGGAUGGCAUUCAUGACCUUCACGCUGUUCUACACGGACUUUGUAGGCGAGGGGCUGUACCAGGGUGUGCCCCGGGCUGAGCCGGGCACCGAGGCCCGGAGACACUAUGAUGAAGGGGUCCGGAUGGGCAGCCUGGGGCUGUUCCUGCAAUGCGCCAUCUCCCUGCUCUUCUCUCUGGUCAUGGACCGGCUGGUGCAGCGAUUCGGCACCCGGGCCGUCUAUCUGGCCAGCGUGGUGGCCUUCCCUGUUGCUGCCGGCACCAUGUGCCUGUCGCGCAGUGUGGCCGUGGUGACCGCGUCGGCCGCCCUCACCGGCUUCACCUUCUCCGCCCUGCAGAUCCUGCCCUACACGCUAGCCUCCCUCUACCACCGCGAGAAGCAGGUUUUCCUGCCCAAAUACCGAGGAGAUGCCGGGAGUAGUGCCAGUGAGGACAGCCUGAUGCCCGGCUUUCCACCGGGCCCCAAGACCGGAUCUCCCUUCCCCAAUGGACACAUGGGUGCUGGAGGUAGCAGCCUCCUCCCUUCUCCACCUGUGCUCUGUGGGGCCUCCGCCUGUGACGUCUCCAUGCGUGUGGUGGUGGGCGAGCCGCCUGAGGCCCAGGUCAUUCCGGGCCGGGGCAUCUGCCUGGACCUAGCCAUCCUGGACAGUGCCUUCCUGCUGUCCCAGGUGGCCCCGUCCCUGUUUAUGGGCUCCAUCGUUCAGCUCAGCCAGUCUGUCACUGCCUACAUGGUGUCGGCCGCGGGCCUUGGUUUGGUGGCCAUUUAUUUUGCUACACAGGUGGUAUUUGAUAAGAGCGACUUAGCCAAAUACUCGGUGUAGAAUCCUUCCGGCCCACCGAGGCAGGGGCUGCCUCCCGGGGUCGCAGGCCCUCCCCCAUCCCCUCUCUGGAUCCGGGCGCAUCCUAGCCUUCCAGUUUCUGUUGCUGCCAACGUGGUGUGGCUCUCUGCUGCCACCCCGUGGUGGUGAGGUGCAGAGCUGCGCAGGUCAGGGCCU